AUGCUGAAAUGUUUUUGAGAGAAGAUUCUCAAUCUUUUGAUGAGAGUGAUGCUGCUAUUGAGCUCAAAGCAGAAUCACAGGACCAAAUUUCAACUAAUGAGAAUAUUACUAGCAUCAAUUCAAGUGUCACAGAAAUGGAGGAAAAGGCUGAGCUUCAGCACGAGGAGCAAGUUUCUGAUAGCCUGGUGCAUGAGGCUGAACCGAAAGCCAUGGAAUCUAUAAAAAGUGUGAAAGAUGUUGGUUUGGAUCCAAUAGAAGAUUAUUCAAUUUCAAAGAGUCCUUCAAACUGGCCCUUAGAAUUCAAGAGGCUACAAAGAGAAAUUAUUGAACUUUGGCAUGCUUGCUAUGUGUCAUUGGUGCACAGAACCCACUUCUUCCUUCUAUUCAAAGGUGACCUGACAGACUCCAAGGGAUAUUGUUGCUAAUGUGAGGCGUUUGUUGAAUGGUGAGCAACUGGUGCC